UUUUUGUUCAAACCACACUUUCAUUAAAACUUAACAGAGUUUAACUCCACAAUUGGAGGAUACAUCAUAGCUAUUAAGAGCCAAAUAAACUGAAACAUUGAUUAAACAGAUGAUAGAUUGACGAUACACCUCAUUACAAAAGACCAUAAGAAAUCGAACUACGAUCCCAUAACCUUGUUGAAUAAAAACAUACCGUGUAACUUCAGAAGUUACAAACACUGCAACAUAUGCAGAGAUGAGCAUCAGCCAUACUAGCGACGCUUGAACAUCCACUUCACUCCAUAAAGGAGGAAAUAUUGGGAAGACGAACAGCCUCACAAAGGAAGCUACGGGGUAAUGAAAACCCUCCAUACUCAUAUUCAACUGGAGAAGCCAAGUGAGUGUCCUUUCAAACUGCCACCAAGAAAGAAAACACAAACUCACAGCACCAAAAACCAGAUUAAAUACCAUAGAGAAGUAUUUGUAACCUCUAUGGCUUCUUCUUCUCUUCUAGUCACCAUCUUCCUCUGCCUUUCCUUCUUCUCCUUCUUGUCUGUAAAUGCAAAUGAGGUAACCGUCGGUGGAAAAUCCGGUGUGUGGAAGAUCCCUCCUUCAUCUUCUUACUCUUUCGACGAAUGGGCUCAAAAGGCUCGCUUCAAAGUCGGAGACUUCCUAGUUUUCAGCUACGAAGCAGGUAAAGACUCCGUGCUGCAAGUGACAAGAGAGGCUUACGAGAAAUGCAACACCACGAGCCCGAAAGCCAGCUACACCGACGGGAACACCAAGGUGAAGCUAGAACAAUCCGGUCCGGUCUACUUCAUAAGUGGAACAGAGGGUCACUGUCAAAAGGGUCAGAAGCUACGCCUUGUGGUAGUCACUCCUCGUAGCUCUGCUUUCUCUCCGGCUCCUUCUCCAUCUGAGGGUCCCGCCGUUGCUCCUUCUAGUGGCGGCGCUGCUAAGCUCACGGGCGUCUUCAGUGUUCUGGGCCUUGUUCUUGGACUCUGGGCCUUCUUCUGAGAGAAUUUUACUGCCUUUUUAGUUCUGAGUUUUAUUCUAUUUAUUAAUUUUCAAAGAUGGAGCAAAGAUGUUUGUUCUCUCUUCCUAGUCUUGUUGUUACUAAUUCAGUAUUCACAAGAUUUUCUCUUUUAUUAAACUA